GCGUUUUUUUGGGCCAGGCUGCGGUCCUGCGGCACUCCUUAGGGGGCUUCUCCUGAGAUCGUCUUUCGGCACCACCAAGAAUAAAGCAAGAAGAAAAAGAAGAGGAGGAGGAGGGGGAGGGAGAGGGGGAGGGGAGGAGGAGGAGGAGGAGAAGAACAAGGAGAUCAAGGAGCAAUCACCGGGCACGUUAGGAAGAAUAAGCAAUGAAGACGAAGAAGAAGAAGGACAAGGAGGAGGAGGAGGAGGAGGAGGAGGAGGAGGAGGAGGAGGAGAAAAACAAGGAGAUGAAGCAGAGCAAUGAACGAGGCACGUUGAAGGAGAUGAAGACGAAGGAGGAGGAGGAGGAGAAGGGCGGCGGGGAAGGAGGAGGAGGAGGAGGAGGAGGAGGAGGUGAAAAAGAAGGGGAAAAGGAAGAAGAAACAAAUCGGCGGCCGGGGAAUAGGCCGUGUCGCGCACCGUGGGCAGCCGGUCGGGAUCGGAAUUGAAUAGGGAUCUGCGAUUUCUUCAAUUUUUCAUAGGUCGAAUUCCGACGGGUGCGCAGUUCCACCAGAAACG